AUGGCUGAAAAACAAAUUAAAAACCGUGUCUGUAUUGUUGGCUCUGGAAAUUGGGGCUCUGCUAUUGCUAAGAUUGUUGGUAAGAAUGCAGCUCGCCUUCCUAACUUUGAAGAUAGAGUUACUAUGUGGGUGUAUGAGGAGAUGAUCGAUGGGAAAAAAUUGACUGAAAUCAUUAACGAAACUCAUGAAAACGUCAAAUACCUGCCUGGACAUAAAUUACCUCCAAAUGUUGUAGCUGUCCCUGAUAUAGUAGAGGCAGCAAAAGAUGCUGAUCUAUUGAUCUUUGUAGUACCACAUCAGUUUGUUCGUACAAUUUGUUCCACACUCCUCGGUAAAAUAAAACCAACGGCUGCUGCGCUGUCAUUGAUAAAGGGCUUUGACAUUGCGGAGGGUGGUGGCAUUGAUUUGAUCUCUCACAUCAUAACGAGAUGUCUGAAAAUUCCUUGUGCCGUAUUAAUGGGUGCCAAUAUUGCAUCAGAGGUUGCCGAGGAGAAGUUCUGCGAGACCACUAUAGGAUGCCGUGAUGUUAUGUUAGCACCAAUGAUGAGGGACAUUAUACAGACGGAGUACUUCAGGGUCGUGGUGGUGGAUGAUGAAGACGCCGUGGAAAUAUGCGGAGCUCUGAAGAACAUAGUGGCUGUUGGCGCGGGAUUCGUCGAUGGUCUCGGCUUCGGCGACAAUACCAAAGCCGCUGUUAUCAGACUGGGUUUGAUGGAGAUGAUCAAGUUUGUGGACGUGUUCUACCCGGGAAGCAAACUGAGCACAUUCUUUGAAUCCUGUGGUGUAGCUGAUCUUAUUACUACGUGCUACGGUGGUAGGAACAGACGUGUAGCUGAAGCCUUCGUGAAGACAGGGCGAUCUAUAAAGGAAUUGGAAGAUGAAAUGCUUAAUGGACAAAAGCUGCAAGGUCCUAUCACGGCUGAGGAAGUCAACCAUAUGCUGGCUAACAAAAAUAUGGAAAACAAAUUCCCCUUAUUCACUGCUGUGUUCCGUAUCUGUCGUGGUGAAUUGAAACCCGGAGACUUCAUCGACUGCAUCCGCAGCCAUCCGGAGCACAUCACCCUUAAUAGAGUUAAAACUCCCUUAAUAGUGUGUAAAACACUCUUAAUAGAGUUAAAACUCCCUUAA